AUGGAAGGCAUGCAAGGUAUCACCACUUUGGUUCUACAACAACAACAAAAUACCGAUUCGGACAUCAAGGACUUACAAACUCAAGUGGCACAAUUGGCUACCGACAUGAACCUAAUGAAAGAUCAAGCAUCAACAAAGUUUCAUUCACAACCAUUUGUGAAACUAAGAGAGAGUAUUGAUGGGAUUAGUUUGAGGAGUGGAAGACAAGUGGAGCAACCAAAUCAGCAAGAUGAGGUGCAUCGAGAGUUAGUCGAAGACAAAGAGAAAUCCACACCAAAGGAGAAUUCCAAGGAAAUGGUUCCUACCUUCACCAGUCCACCCCCGUUUCCUAGCCGAUUUGCUAAAUCGAAGAAAGAGUUGGAAUACACAGAUAUUUGGGACAUCCUUAAGCAAGUGCAAAUCAAUAUUCUACUCAUUGAAGUUUUUCGUCAAAUUCCUCGCUAUGCAAAGUUAUUAAAGGAGUUGCGCAUGAAAAAAAAAAGGUUGAAAGGGAAUGAAGUCAUGAAUGUGGGGGAGAAUGCUUCGGCGAUCAUUCUCAAGAAACUCCCGCCAAAAUUAAAGGACCCCGGUAGUUUCACUAUACCUUGCACAAUUGGUAAAAAAAGGUUUACUCGAGCUUUGCUAGAUUUAGGAGUAUCGGUUAAUUUUAUGCCUUCCUCAAUUUAUGAUUCUUUAAAUCUUGGUCCUCUUAAGGAGACCGGGGUAGUUCUUGAACUUGAUAACCGAUCUAAUGUUUAUCCGAAAGGAAUCGUUGAUAAAGUUUUGGUGCAGGUUAAUGAGCUUGUAUUUCCGGCCGAUUUUUAUGUCUUAGACAUGAAUGAUGAGAACUCGCCGAAAUCUACACGUUUUCUAUUGGGGAGACCAUUCUUGAGUACCGCUGGAACGAAGAUUCAUGUCCAAAUUGUCGCCUUGACUACGGAGUUUGAUGGUGAAGUCAUCUGCUGCAAUAUAUUUGAGACGAAGAGAUACCCAAGUGGUGUGAAGUCAUGUUUUGCGUUGAAGAGGUUGAUGCAGGCUAAUGAAUCUGACAAGAGCUAA